AUGUAUGCAGCCCCAAGGAGGGAGGCAACACGAAAGACAGAGAUAAGAGACGCAAGCGGAGACAAAGACAAAGACAAAGACAGAGACAGAGAGAAGGACAAAGGCAAACACAGACACAGGCACCUGCAGCAGCAGCAGCAGCAGCAGCAGCAGCAGCAGCACUUGGAGCUGCUUACUAACGAAGCUUUUAGGAGACACUGCAUUGAGGUUAGCAUUGGCAGCAGCAGCAGCAGCAGCAGCAGCAUCCAAAUCAUUGGCUACAGCACAGCGCACAACGCCCUGAAGCUCCUUUAG